AUGUCGGCGGCCGACCGCACACUCAUAGCGCUCAUCGCUGACGAGGACUCUACAACGGGCCUCCUGCUUGCUGGAAUUGGCAACGUCGAUGAGAAGGGCGAAAAGAACUUUAUGAUCGUCGAUGGAAAGACAUCGGUCUCGGAUAUCGAACAGACAUUCAACCACUUCACCAGCGAGCGCAAGGACAUUGCGAUCCUGCUCAUCAACCAGCACAUCGCCGAGAAGAUCCGUCCCAUCGUCGACAGGUAUACGCAGGCCUUCCCGGCGCUCCUCGAGAUCCCGGCCAAGGAUCACCCAUACGACCCGGCAAAGGAUAGCGUCCUCAAGCGCGUCCAGAAGCUGUUUGGAGAGUAA